GCCGCCCGCGCUGCGGCUCGGUCGCGCCGGCCCCGCGGGCUCCCGCCGCCGCCAGCAUGCAGCCCCCCGCCCUCAGCAUCCUCCUGCUCAUCGCCUGCUUCGGCAGCGCCCGGGGAAACCUCUCCCGCGACGAGAGCCAGCCCACGACGUCGGACGAGACCGUGGUGGCCGGGGGCACGGUGGUGCUCAAGUGCCAGGUGGAGGAUCCCGACGAUUCCUCGCUGCAGUGGUCCAACCCUGCCCAGCAGACGCUGUACUUCGGGGAGAAACGAGCCCUGCGGGAUAACAGGAUCCAGCUGGAGAGAUCCACCCCCAACGAGCUGACCAUCAGCAUCAGCGACGUGGUGCUGGCCGACGAGGGCGAGUACACCUGCUCCAUCUUCACCAUGCCCGUGAGGACAGCCAAGGCCCUGGUCACCGUGCUGGGAAUCCCCCAGAAGCCCCAAAUCUUCGGCCACGAGCAGCCCAUCGAUGAGGAGAAGGUGGCGCGGCUCAUCUGCCGCUCGUCCGGCAGCAAACCCGCGGCGCAGCUGCGCUGGAGGAAGGGCAACAGGGACAUCAAGGACUCGGGCACCGAGGUGGUGGAGGACCCCAACGGCAAGACCUUCACGGUGACCAGCAGGGUGGAGUUCCGUGUCACCAAGGAGGACAACGAGGUCGAGGUCACCUGCACCGUGGACCACGAGUCCCUGCAGAACUCAGAGAGGUCCACCACGCAGAAGCUGCAGGUCCACUACAAACCCACAGCGAAGAUCGAGCCGCACCCGCAGUACCCACGGGAGGGGGAGAAGCUGCAGCUGCAAUGUGACGGGCAGGGCAACCCCAUCCCGCAGGAAUUCCUCUGGGAGAAGGAGGGCAGCGACGCCCCCCUGCAGCUGAGCUCCGACAGCGUCCUCAUCUUCCCCUUCCUCAACAAGAGUGACAGUGGCACCUACGUGUGCACGGCCACCAGCUCCAUGGGCAGCGUGGUGGCCAAGUACAACCUGGACGUCAGCGAUGCCAGCCCGGUGCCCUCGACCUCCAGCACAUACCACGCGAUGAUUGGCGGCGUGGUGGCCGUCAUCGUCUUCCUCCUGCUCAGCCUCCUCAUCGUGCUGGGACAUUACCUGAUCAGGCACAAAGGGACGUACCUGACCCACGAGGCCAAAGGCUCGGACGACGCUCCGGACGCCGACACCGCCAUCAUCAACGCCGAGGGCGGCCAGGCCGGCGGCGACGACAAGAAGGAAUAUUUCAUCUAAAAGGGUCAGAGAGAGAGGAGAGAGAGAGAGAGAGAGAGAGAGAGAGAGAAAGAAAAA